AUGGCGCCCGCAGCAACCGGAGGCAAGAAGCAAAAGAAGAAGUGGUCGAAGGGCAAGGUCAAGGACAAGGCCCAGCACGCCGUCGUUCUCGACAAGGCCACCAACGACAAGCUUCAGAAGGAUGUCCAGUCUUACCGUCUGGUCACCGUCGCCACCCUUGUCGAUCGUCUCAAGAUCAACGGCAGCCUUGCCCGCCAGGCUCUCGCCGACCUUGAGGCUAACGGCCAGAUCAAGAAGGUCGUCGGUCACUCCAGCCUGAGCAUCUACACCCGUGCCGUCACCGCCGAGUAA